GAUUUCCGGUAAUGGUUUAGCUAACUUUGACUAGCUUGAUGUCGGCUGUCUCACCAACUUUUCUUCUGCUAUUUUACGCUCGACAGUUUAGACAUCGCCCUCUGGCGUUCUGGAGAAGAACAGCAGACAUGUGUUUCACAUGAACUUCUCACGUGUGACCACAGGGUGGCAGUACAGCUCAUAUAUUAACAAUUAAAUAAAACGAACGACCUUAUCUUUUCCUUAAUGCAGCUGGAAAAUGUGUAUUCUUUAUAACUCGAUAGACUGGUCACACUUUGGAAGCUCUGCUAUGUAUAACAACUGUUUGCAUUCGUGUGUGUGUGUGUGGGAGAGAGAGAGAGAGAGAGAGAGAGAGAGAGAGAGAGAGAGAGAGAGAGAGCAGGAAGAGCACUCGCUCCUCUUCAAAGUUAACAUCACAUCUUGACUCUCAGCUCGGUCACAUGGUCUGUUCCUCCACCUCACGUCUCCAUCAGGACUAUUUGCGCCUCCUGUAACCCGCGUGCUGGUUGGCUGAGAGUCGGUCAUCCCAUCCGAGCUGCACAUCGAGGAGGAAGGAGCGACGGAGCGCAUCAAUCCUCCGCUCACACACUUCUCUAUCUGGCCAUAUACAGGAGAGGCUGAUCUCAGGACCGAGCGGCGCAGGGGCUGUGGAGGAGGUCGGACCGGUGCGAUGAUGACGGGCAGAUCAGUGAAGGACGUGGACAGAUACCAGGCGGUCCUCACCUCGCUGCUGGCGCGGGAGGAGAAUAAAUUCUGCGCCGACUGCGACUCCAAAGGUCCGAGAUGGGCGUCCUGGAAUUUGGGUAUUUUUAUCUGCAUCCGCUGUGCUGGUAUUCAUCGAAACCUGGGCGUUCACAUCUCCAAGGUCAAGUCCGUCAACCUGGAUCAGUGGACGCAGGAGCAGGUCCAGUGUGUUCAGGAGAUGGGAAAUGCGAAGGCCAAACGUCUCUAUGAGGCUUUCUUACCCGAGUGCUUCCAGCGCCCUGAGACAGACCAGUCUGCAGAGAUCUUCAUCAGGGACAAGUAUGAUAAGAAGAAGUACAUGGAUAAGGUCAUUGACAUCCAGAUGCUCAAAAAAGAAAAAAGCUGCAACAAUAUACCCAAGGAACCGGUCGUGUUUGAGAAGAUGAAAUUGAAAAAAGACAUCAGUCCGAAGACAGUUUCCCCGUCUGUUACAGACCUGCUUGGACUAGAUGCCCCUGCACCAAGUCCUGCAGUAUCUAAUGGUGGAGGAUGUGUUCCAGACUGUAACACAACACGGAGCCCAGCGGUGCCUAAUUCACCUCUGGCACACUCUGCCCUGGAUCUAUUUAGCUCUCUGCCAACAACCUCCUCUGUUUCCUGCGCUAAAACAACGCCAAAGCCUGUUUCCAGUUCUAUGCCUCAGAGCAGAGUGACUGCCUCUGUGCCUGCAAACCUCAGUCUGUUCCUGGAUCCAGCACCCAAAGCAGAGGAGGGCACAGUCAAGAAGCUGUCCAAGGACUCUAUUCUCUCCCUGUAUGCUUCCACCCCCUCAGUGCAUGCCAGCAGUAUGGCUCCUCAUGGCUUGUACAUGAACCAAAUGGGAUACCCGACACACCCGUACGGUUCCUACCAUUCCUUAGCCCAGACAGCUGGAAUGGGAGGUGCCAUGGGGACAUCACAAAUGGCGAUGAGGGGACAGCAACAGAGCAGCAUGAUGGGGGUUCAACAAAACACUAUGAUUGGAGUACAGCAGAAUGGCAUGAUGGGGCCGCAGAAUGGCAUAAUGGGUGCCCAGCGUGUCAUGGCUCAGCCGACUGGCAUCGUGACGUUGCCCUACAUGACGGCGAUGACCCAGGGUAUGAUGGGACAGCAACAGAAUGGCAUUAUGGGACAGCAGCAGGGUGGUAAGAUGGGACAGCAGCAGAGUGGGAUGAUGGGACAGCAGCAGGUUGGCGGUUUAACCACAUUACCACACCAGCAGGUUUAUGGAGCGCAGCAAACCCAGCAGCUACAGUGGAACAUUGCCCAGAUGACUCAGCACAUGGCCGGCAUGAAUGUCUACAACUCCAACGACAUGAUGGGAUACAGCAGUCAACACAUGGGAGGUUCAACGACUCAGAGUUCAGUGCACAUGACAGCACACGUCUGGAAAUGAACCCAUCUUAGAACUUGUAUCAAGGACCAACAAAACAGAGGGGGAAGUGAGUAGUGGGAACAUGUGGAUUGGACUCUCCAUAAGACAUUUUCUGAUGCAAGGGUGGAAGAAGAGGAGGAGGAGACCCGUGUGAAGGAGGAUGUUGCGGAAACCACUACUACCUCUCUUUCUCUCUCCUCUCCGCCCAUGCUUCCUCUCUUCUUGUCCCAUCAAUGGCCAUGUUUUGCAGAUUUCCAUGCUUGCCUUCAGAACAUUUUGGUAUGACGACCAAGACAACAGGGUCCAGAGGCCAGUGGUUAGGUCUAUGCAUCUUCUUUUGUUACUAUAGCCUGGAUGUCAGCGUGUUCACAUGCACAUACAUAUCUGCUGGAUGUGGGUGUCAACAAACUGCUUGACUUUCAAGAAAAGUUUGGUUUUUGGAGGAUGUCACAAUUCCUUAUUGACUAGAGUCCAGAAUACACAUGGAUACAUCUACUCUCUCUUAGUGUGUGUAGUUUGAGGGUAUAUCGAACAAUGAUGUUAGCCUAGCGUAGCUUCAAUGGUUGAUGCGCUCAAAUACUGACAUCUAUUGGAACUAGUAGUAUUUUCUCUAAAAGGAGGGAAAUAUUUCUUGUUGCAAGGUUGAGGCAUUAACAGGGUAAUUUACACCAGAAGGGAUUGUUAUGAGGUCCUGGAUUUUGCACCGAUGUACACAAAAUCUUUGUCCAGCUUUUUUUUGAAAUUUCCAGCUGACCCAUUUUUUAAUGAGAACCUCAAAAGGGAUCUUAAAUACAUAUGUGAUAUCAUUUCAAAUGGUAUCAUCCAGGCAAUCUGAAAUUUUAUAUAGGUUAAGGAGAUUUUUGAGCUUUUAUUCUAACGUGACAAUUUGUGUGAUUACCUUAUACAUAGUUCUAUAACAAGCAAGAUGUUAAGAGGUUAAAUAAUAUUUCAUUAUUCAUAUUUUUAAACAGGAUGACUUUGACAGUACUCGAGCAAAGCUUUUAAGAAUGACUUUGCAAUGUGCUAUGCUAAGCAAUGUGCGCCUUCUCGAAUAGUUGCUAAAGUGAAAGCUUCAGGUUAAGCUAACAGUCCUUUUAGCUGCAGCAAUAUUUGUAUGUACAGGUUUUUAUUUCCUUCAGCUCCAUCAUAUAGGCUUUUAUAAAAAGUGAUUUGAUUGGAGAUUCGUUUAAAGUUAUAUUUCCCCGCUUCUGAGAAGAACUGCUAUUUAGUGAUUAUAAAAAAUUCUGGAAUUAAGAUUUACUUACUUAUUACCCCAGUCAUCAUACCAUUAAACUGCACAAUCAAAAGAGACUGGCUCUGUGUUAAUAAGAAUAUUUGUAAAACCCAGAAAAAACAACGUACUCCUCAAUAUGUCCUACCUAUCCAACAAUAAUAGAAUUUUAGAAAUCGCGAGAUGCGUUGAUUUCCUAGAUUUCCACCGACUCAGCUGCAGAAACCUACCCAAACAGCCCCAAGUAAUGAUGUCUGCUACUCAAUUUACAGAAAGCAUCUUCUAGAAUCAAUAAAGGGGAUUUUGGUAGACCAAAGAUCAAUGCUUUAAUGCGGUUGUACAGUGUUCUCAUUUGCUUUACUGUACAGCUACUUAACUAGUGAUUACUAGACUCAUCUGUUCUUUCAUAAUAUGUUUAGUUAUAACUGCAAUUCACUGUGCUUUUUCCCUGGGAAGGGGUAAAAAAACACUUUAAACAGUCACUCGCAUGCAAUUUUAUCAUGUAAGCGCUCACGAAACUCAAGUUAACAAUCUACCUUGUACAAUAGAGGCCUCAAUUAAUGUUGAAUGUCUGUAAAUAGGAGAGAGGCCGGGACGAGGAAAAACUUAAAGGGCACAGAUCAGUUGUGUUUCAGAUGCUUCCACUGAAUUGCAUGAGGAGAAUGUUUAUCUAGCUCUGAUUGUACUGUUUGUCCCGUGUGUUUACUCUGAUGUCCGAAUGUGUCUCUGGAAUGUGUCCUGCGCUCUACUGUACAUGUCCAUCAGUGUUUGACCAAGAAAAUGUUGAUGAUCGUGUGUCCUGAAUGUACCUGACUAAUUUUGAAAACAUACUUGUAUUGUUGGGGUAUUUUUGUAUUAUUCCGUGACUCUUGUCUGGCAACACACACUUGUGUCCUGUGAAUGUUCUCUGGUCAACGCUGCCUGUUUUUUUGUUUUUUUGCCGCAUCGUUCAAUUCAUCAGAGUUGUUCUAUAAAUGUCGUAUCAUCGGAUUAGGAGCAAACUGUGACAUAGGCAAAUGCGUUUUCAGGUCCUUCUGAGGCGUUUACAAUUUGACCAAACCACAUUGUGAGGCGACAAACAGAUGGUGCGAGAAAGGUGAACUGAAACACCGAGAGGUGACGGACACUGACCAACCCUCUUUCCCCACAACUCCACGCAAAGCAUCUCUCAGAUCAGAGUAUUUCUAGAUACGUUCAUUCUUAUAUCUGCAUGAAGCCAUUACUGUAAAUAGUAUCAGUCUUUCUGAAGCACUUUGGUGUUAAGUUGCCACUUUUUGAGUGAGGGGUAAAUAUGCAAAGGGCGCCACUAUAGGUGGCAAACAAAUGAACGUACUCUGGCAUAAUACGAUACUGCUGCCAAAAGCAGUCCAGCCUGAAAAGUGGUGGUUCUGCUCUGCAACAGCCCGUUUGCCGGUUAGUGAUGACAGUGUUUGUCGAAAAAGGGAGUGAAAAUUCAUCCCUGAGGGCGAUAAGGCUUCACCUGCAACCGUCUUUCGUUUUGAAGGUUGCUUGAAAUCAGUUCCUUUUUAGGGGUUUGGUAUAUUUUCUGUCAAAUAAAAGCAAAUAAAGGAAUGUAUCUUUUUAUGUACUUGUCAAUCAAGAUAUUGUUCUUUAUUCCUUAUGAGAUUGUCUCUGUUUAUUAUGUUCUGUUAUGUUCUUAAAUAAGGUUGAUGAAUAUGUAUAUAGUAUGUCAUCAUUUUUUUCAUAGACUUUGCUCCUUUUGAUUUCAUUUUCCCACAAAAUAUGUAACAUGAUAAUUGUCCAUGUGGAAACAUACAAAAUAAAUCAUGUUUUGAUUAUAUUCAAAAUCUUGAGUCGACCUGAAUAAGUUCGGUGACACGUUUCACCUCUGAAGAUGUCAUAAUAAACUCAUGAGAAUGUUUUGUG